AGUUUAGGGAAAAUCAUUCAGCGAGACUUCUUUCCUGACGUGGAGAAGCUGCGAGCGCAGAAGGAGUAUCUGGAGGCUGAAGAAAACGGUGACUUGGAGAAAAUGAGACAAAUUGCUAUCAAGUUUGGCUCCUCCUUGGGCAGAUCAUCGAGGGACACACCUGCACCCUAUGUUACUCCAGCCACAUUUGAAACCCCAGAAGUGCAUCCGGGUGGCCUUCCACUGGGGAAUAAAUCCAAAGCUGGCGUCAAAACUGGAGAGGAAGGAGAAGCAGAAAAAGAUGAUAAAGAUGCACUUCCCAGUCUGGACAGCUUCUUGGCAAAACACACGAGUGAAGACAAUGCUUCAUUUGAGCAGAUCAUGGAAGUGGCCAAAGAGAAGGAGAAAGUCAAGCAUGCUUGGCUGUACAGUGCGGAAGAGGAGUACGGCCAGCGACGAAAUGAGAACCUGGCACUUCCUUCAGCAGAGCAGCAAGCUCUGGAGAAUGUGAAAGCUGGACUGGAGACUUGGGAGUACACAGCUCGAAACACUCUCAUGUAUUACCCGACAGGUGUACCUGAUGAGAACGAUGUGUUUAAGAAGCCCAGGGAAGUUGUCCAUCGAAACACCCGGUUUGUGAAGGACCCUUUCAGCCAAGCCGUGAGCAAAUCACAGCUCCAACAAGCUGCAGCCCUCAAUGCUCAGUACAAACAGGGCAAAGUGGGACCAGAUGGGAAAGAACUGAUACCCCAAGAGUCUCCAAAAGUGAAUGGAUAUGGAUACGUGGCUACGCCUUCUCCUGCCCCCGGUGUGAAUGAGUCUCCUUUUAUGACAUGGGGUGAAAUUGAAAGCACCCCUUUGCGUCUAGAAGGGUCAGAAACACCAUAUGUGGACAGAACACCUGGACCAGCCUUCAAGAUCCUGGAGCCUGGGCGCCGUGAAAGGUUAGGACUGAAGAUGGCCAAUGAAGUCGCAGCUAAAAACCGAGCAAAGAAGCAGGAGGCACUGCGAAAAGUGACAGAAAACUUGGCCAGCCUCACUCCAAAAGGACUAAGCCCAGCAAUGUCACCAGCUUUGCAGAGACUAGUAAACAGGACUGCAAGUAAAUACACCGACAAAGCCCUGCGAGCCAGCUAUACUCCUUCCCCGGCCCACUCAGGAACUCCUGGUUACAAGACCCCAGCAAGUGGGCCUCAUACACCCACAAGCACCCCACAAGCUAGGACAGUGUCUCAGACACCGGUAUCUCAGGAUACUACAUCGAUCACAGACAAUUUACUGCAGCUUCCUAAAAGAAGGAAGGCAUCUGAUUUCUUCUGAAUAUUCCAGUCACCAGCAAGGCGAUAGUGAACUGGCUGUGCUGGGCUGUCUGCAAACUGGAUGUUGUGAGCCAUCAGCAGUAAGGGGUGUGUAGAUGCAGCUGCCAGAAUGGAAGCCAGCAGUUACAAAAUCUGGGACCAGCGCUACUCUAGACUAUAGAGUUAAAAUAGCUUGUGAUGUGCUCUUUGGAAGCAGGGUACCUCCUGCUGUGUUAUAACUUGCCUUUGAACUGCAUGGGUGGGAUGCACAGGGCUGCUGUAGCAAAAGGAUGCUUCCUGCAGGGGCAGAGAAGAUUCUGGACUUUUGGAAAAUGGCGAUAAUUUUUUUUAAGAUGUAUUUCUCUUUUUAAGAUGGCCAUGCAUUUAAAUGUGUUUCUGUACAGAUACAUCUAUUUAUAAAAUGUGGUAACC